AUGCAUCGAAUUCAAGCUAUUUGUUUGGGACACAAAGAGAAAUUUAUUGAUAAUUAUCAAUCAAUUGAAAAAUUAGAAGCACAAAUAUUGGAAAAGUAUAGAAAAUAUUUGGUUCAAACAAAUGUAAAAGAAAUUUAUGUUCCAUUCAUAUUAACAUAUAAAAGUGAAACAACUGGUAUAGAAGAAGUACUAGCAGACAUAAAUGUGAUUCCCAAGAAUAAUGGACGUUGGUUUCGACUAUAUGUUAAACGUGUAUGUAAAACAAUGAAAUGA